AUGGAAGUUGGACAUGGUGGAGAUGAGACUGAGGAAGGAGAGACUAACACAGAGACUAUUAAUCAGGAUGACAGGGCAAAGAAAAGGUCCAGAACAGGGGCAGCGAAAUACAGCACCAAGUUCAAUGCGGAAUGGAGUAUGGAGUGGCCUUUUAUAAAGCCUGGGAGCACCCAGCACCAUUUCUGGUGCGACAUCUGCAGGCGGGAGUUGGAGUGCAGCCAUAUGGGGAGGUCAGACAUUCAAAGGCAUAUACGCACUGAUGGACAUACCAAGAAGGAAAGGAGUCUAGAGUGUUCGAAGUCGAUAGAUAGCUUCCUCUGUCGACGAACGGAAGAGCUGAAUCUUGAGGCGCAGACAAGGAGGGCAGAGAUUAAAGUAGCGGUGGUAAUGGUGAACCACAACAUUCCAUUAGCCUUUGCUGACCAUCUUAGCCCGCUUUUCAAGGAAUGUUUCCCCGACUCAAAAAUUGCCCGCAAGUAUGCAUCAGCAAGGACCAAGACUGCUGCCAUUAUAAACGGGGCAGUGAGUCCCUACAUGUUAGCGGAGUUGGUGACACACCUGAGGGAGAAGCCAUUCAGCCUCUCUACUGAUGGGUCCAAUGAUACAGGGAUGGAGAAAAUGAAUCCCAUCACAAUUAAGACCUUUGGCGGGGAUGGUGUGGUCCACCGCUUUCUGGACAUGGGUGUUACAGAGGGGGAACACUGUGGCACCGCAGAGACCAUUUUCCAAAAAAUUGACUCUGUGUUAAAGAAGCACGAAAUUCCAUGGUCAAAUUGCAUCUCCCUGUCAGUGGACAAUGCCGCUGUCAAUCUUGGAGGUAGGAACUCAAUCAAGACUAGGGCUUUGAAGGAGAAUCCAGCCAUGUUCAUUCUGGGAUGCCCGUGCCAUAUUGUCCACAACAACGCAUCUGCUGCUGGUGCAGUGUACGAAGAGAUCACUGGGUUCGACAUUGAAGAGAUGGCAGUUGACAUAGGGCAUUGGUUCAGGAGCAGCACCAAGCGAAAGAACAAACUUAAUGAGUUUUGCGAGUUCUGUGACGCUACCUACAUGGAGGUGCUGCUCCAUGUGAGCAUUAGAUGGCUGAGUCUGGAGAGCGUGGUGAUGCGUAUUCUACGUCUGUAUGCUGCACUCCGCAGCUAUUUUGGAAGCUGCAAUGAGAAACAAGCGAGAUGUGUCCGCCUGCAACGGCUGUUUUUGGAUCCUAUGACUGAAAUCCAUUUGCUGUUUUAUCAGUCGGCGUUGAUCAUCUUUACUCAGUUUAACCUUCUGUUCCAGCGACAAGACCCCUGCAUCUACCUUCUUCAUGACCAAAUCAGGUUCUACAUCAGGAAACUGAUGUCCAAAUUCUUGAAGCCAGGGUCUUUCAAAGAAGUUGAUGUGAACGGAGUGGACAUCCUAAAUGAGGACAACCAACUGCCAGAUUCACAGCUUGGCAUUGGCUUCACAACCAGAUGCACGUUAAACAGACUGGUUGAAGAUGGUUGUGUGUCCCCUGAGGCUGUCAAAAAGUUUCACGGAGGAGCAAGAAACUUCUUCCGACGAUCCGUGGAGUAUGCCCGGGCCAAGCUACCCCUGAAUGAUGAAGUACUACGUAACUCCAAGUUCGUGGACUUCAAUCAGAAGAUGGAUGUGUCUGUGGAGUGCGUGCAGUACUUUACUGAGAGGUUCAACCAUCUCCUACCAUGUGAGGGCCCUAGGGAACAGGACCGUUUAAGCGAUGAGUACCUGGAGUACCAGAUGCUGGAGAAGACCGACAUCCCUGAGGCAAUCUGGAGAAGCGCCGUUGUGAGAGAGAGUGAGGAUUCGGAGUAUCAUCGGAUGGAUAGGAUCUGGGGCCAUCUUAGUACCAUCAAGAGCCAGAUAAGUGGAACCCUCCGAUUUCCAAGAUUGGCAAAGGUUGCCAAACUAAUCCUUUGUAUGCCACAUUCCAACGCUGACGCUGAACGCGUCUUCUCUGUUGUUGGUCUUAACAAGACCGACACAAGAAAUAGGCUUUCACUCGAUGGUACCCUCUCUUCCAUUAUGCGCAUAAAAAUGAACGACCUAGAGCCGUGCUACAAGUAUGAGCCCCCGGCUCAGAUAGUGAAAGACUCAAAGUCUGCUACAACCCGCUAUAACGGUUCUUUACGAUGUGAUGAUUAAAUAUGCACACACUGAUAUCUUCUGGGUGGUGUGUGUCUGUCUGUCUAUCUGUGUAAUAUAUUAUAUUGUAUAUAUUAAGUUAUU